AUGGCUAAUGAAGAAGAAGACAUUCUCUGCAUUAUCUGCUGGAAUGAAGUCAUUAACUUAGUCACAGCUGAAUGUGGACAUGCUAUCUGCAUGUCUUGCUUCAAGAAGAAAAGUUCUCCAUUUUCAUGCUGCACUUCAUGCUGGGAAUACUCCCAGCUGAGAACUUCUCAAGUUGACAUUGUCAUGCACCCUGAAGGAGAAGGCAUAUGUGAGAUACACAGGGAAGACCAGAAGCUUUUCUGUGAUGGGACCAAGACCCUCUUAUGUGUGACCUGCUCUAAGUCAGAGUAUCAUGAGAUCCAUACACAUUGGCCCAUUGCAGUGGCUGCUCUGCGCUACCGGAAAAAGAUUGAGGAAAUGAUGGAAAUCUUGUGUACAAAGAUCAAAAUUCGUGAGCAAUUUCUAUUAUACGAGAAAGAGAGACCUCUCAUAUGGACUGUGAUAUAUAAUAAUGAUACAAAUACAGAAAGACAAACAGAUCACAAGGAGCUUCAACCAACAUGUGAAUAUAUGAAGAAGAAGAAAGCCACAGAUGAGGAACUUAUUGUGGAGGACGGGAACAAGAAGUUCAAUGAGCUUUAUCAGAGGCUGAAGGAGAUAGAGGCUACCCAGGAACAUGAAAUCAUGGAACAAAAGAAGGAAUGGGAAGCCAUGAUGUCCAGCCAUAUCAGAUCCCUAACUGAUAUAAAGACUGAGCUAGAGGAAAAGAUGCAGAAGCCAGAUAUAGAAAUGCUACAGGAUGUGGCAGAAACCUUGGCAAGGUAUGUCUCUAGAUAUAAGUACUAA